AUGGCGAUAGGUGGCGCAACAGGUGGCGAUGGCAAUAUACCCAAGAAGAAGCAGCGCGUAGGAAGCAACAGUCAGCUCUCCUCCACACGCGCCGUUAUCAAUUCUUCCUUUACCGAUGAAACAUUAACUGAAGGCUCCCAUAAAUCCCCCACCCUCCGUCACUCCUCGUCAGUCCAUGGGGGUUCUAGUGGCGGUGGCGGAUUCAAUGAUUCCGACACCGCGGAUGUUAUUCUUCGCCUCCAUCUUGAUCACCGUCGCUCCCCCUUCGACUCGUUUGGGACCUCUUUCGAUUCCGUCUCCUUUGACGCGUCUGAUGUUCAGAUCUAUCUCCACUCGCAUAUCCUCCGCCGGGCUAAGUACUUUUCCGCUCUACUAUCCGACCGAUGGCAACGACACAACGACGAUGAUCCUCCUCAAAUCCACCGCCUUAACCUUGGUGUCCCGCCGACGCCGGAUUCAAUCAACGACUACUUGGAAGUUCUCCGGCUUCUGUAUUCUGAUGAUUUCUCGACUUCGAUUAAUAGUGUUGUGACUGCGCUUGCUUUGCUCCCCAUCGCCCUCGAAUUACUCUUCGAGGAUUGCAUCAAAGCCUGCGUUAAAUUCCUCGAGGCCGUGCCGUGGUCAGAAGACGAAGAGAGGAAAAUAUUGAAUUUGAUUCCAUUUUUAAGUAAUGAAGAAUCGAAAGAGAUCCUGACUAGGGUUUCCCCACUGAAAAAUGGCUCGUCAGAGGAUAUGCUUCACGGCUUAAUCCUUUCUGCUAUUCAUAAUCAUCCGAACAUGGCUUUCGCAAAAGCUUUUGUUGCGAAAUUGUUGAGGGACUUUUCGUCCAAAGAGUCCGUGAGGAGGGUUUUGGAUAAGGUAUUUGAGAGAAGCUUGAAGGUUGUGAAGGAAUCCUUGGAGGAGUACUCGAGUCCUAAUUUUAGAGGGGAUCAUAAUGAGACUGAGGCUAUUCAGAGGCUGAAUUUGCAUUCUGCUAUGACUAACGGGAAGCAUUUGCUGUGGCUGGUGGAGAGGAUGAUUGAGUUGAGAGUUGCUGAUACGGCUGUCAAGUCGUGGAGUGAGCAGGCUUCAUUUACUGCAGAUUUGCAGAGGGCGUUCCGUGAUGAUGCAUGGAGGAAUAUUGCUCCGAGUCUCCCUGCUGUAGUGCUUCGUUGCACUAGCAGGCUUGCCAAUGCUGUUGCAACAGGGAACAUUUUGGCUGCUAGACAGGUCAGGAUGAAGCUGGUAAACGAUUGGCUUCCGGUGUUGAUUGUAUGCAAGGACAAUAUGUCACCUAUGUGCACGAAUCAUAAAUCACUUUGUCUGGAGUUAGAAGAAACAUUCUUGAGAAUUAUAUCUACGCUCCCGGUGGAAGAUGCACAAGAGUUGUUGCAGCAAUGCCUCAGCUUUUCAACUCGAAAUGUUGAAGAUUGCCCACAUUUGGUCACUGCUUUUACCACUUGGUUCCGUCGUGCCAAUAGAUCUCCACCAGCAGACGACUUUCGUCAAUGA